AUGAGAGAAGACAAACACGUGGCUCAAGCCACAGAAGAUCAUCAUCAUCAGCGACAACAAAACCUAGCAAAGACAUGGAUCACCACCAAAAUCUACAUCUUCGUCCUCUUCAUCUUCCUCCUUUGUGCUUCUCUUUCUUGGAUAUUUACGUUUGUAUUAGGUGAAAGUAGAUUCCAAGUAACAUCAGUAUUCACUAGAAACACCAACAAAAGUGCUACCACAACAACAAAUAUCCCGAAGAUUAUCAUCAAGAUCCCAUUAAACUGCACACUCUUCCACAACAACACCACCCAAACAUGUCCUUCAAAUUAUCCCACCAAGUUCGAACCAGCGAUUUCUUCCUCAGAAACUUGUCCUGACUACUUCAGGUGGAUCCACCGAGACUUAAAGGUAUGGCAAAAGACAGGAAUCACAAGGGAUACACUAGAGAAAGCAAGACCACACGCUCAUUUCAGGGUGGUAAUAAAGUCAGGGAGAUUAUACGUUCAUCAAUACGAGAAAGCAUUUCAGACAAGGGAUGUGUUCACAAUUUGGGGAAUACUUCAACUUCUAAGAAUGUAUCCUGGUCAAAUCCCUGAUCUUGAGCUUCUCUUCCUCUGCCAUGACAAACCCGCCAUUUGGAAAAGAGACUUCAAAAAGGACACAUGGCCUCCUCCGCCGUUGUUUCACUAUUGCGGUCACCGGGAUGCAUACGACAUCGUGUUCCCUGAUUGGAGCUUCUGGGGUUGGCCAGAGCUGAAUAUAAAGGAGUGGAAUAAGUUAUCUGUGGCACUAAAAGAAGGCAACAGAAGGGUGAAAUGGGAAGAUAGAAUUCCGUACGCCUAUUGGAAAGGAAACCCUAAUGUUUCUCCACUAAGAGGAGAGCUCAUGAGAUGUAACUUCUCCGACAAGUAUGAUCCUAUGGUUCGUCUCUAUGCUCAGGAUUGGAGAAGUGAGAUUGAGAAGGGGUUUAGAGGAUCAAACCUAGAAGAUCAAUGCACUUAUAGAUAUAAGAUCUACGUAGAAGGGAAUGCAUGGUCGGUGAGCGAGAAAUAUAUACUUUCGUGUGAUAGCAUGACUCUGUUGGUUAAACCAGAGUACUAUGAUUUUUUCAUAAGAGGCAUGGUCCCAAUGAAGCAUUACUGGCCUAUUAGACGCAACAACAAGUGUCGUGACCUCAAAUUCGCUGUCGAAUGGGGUAACAACAACACCGAAAAGGCACAAGUCAUAGGGAGGCAAGGAAGUGAUUACAUGAUGCAGAAUCUAGAGAUGAAGUAUGUAUAUGACUACAUGUUAUAUGUGUUGCAAGGCUAUGGGAAACUGAUGAAGUUGGAUGUGACUGUACCUGAAAAUGCGACCGAAGUGUGUUCAGAGACGAUGGCUUGUCCGAUCACUGAUGGUGGACUGAUCAGGCAGUGUAUGGAUGAUUCGUUGGUUAUGUCUCCGAGCAUCAAGGCGGCUUGUAAUCUGCCAAAACCUUAUGGUGAUAAUGAGCUCAAAAGGAUUCUUAAGAAACAAGAGAGUGUAAAGAGAAGGGUUAGGAAGUGGACCGAUGAGUAUUGGAACGGGAGAAGUGGCAAAUAAGAUUAUUUUCUUUGAUCGUAAAAAUAUAAAUUGUAGCUUGCGAAUUUGGUUUGCAUUGUAUGAAUCAAAAUAUAAUCAAGUGUGUGUUCCAACAAAAGAAAAUCCAGUGUUGCUAAUCUA